AUGCUUCACCAGGUUCCCAAAAGAACCCUAGAAGCCCAAACCACUCUUUCAAAAGUCUUGCAAAACGUCUUGAUUAAACCCACUUUUGAGCAAAGUCAAAAACCCACUUCUUCUAAUCAAUCAUCUUCUUUUCAGAAUUCCUCUCAAAAUCAGAUAAUAAAAGAUUUAUCUUUUGAAGAAAAAUAUAGAUACAUUUGUAACCUUCUUUUAUUUCAAACCCAAUCAAGAUCACUUUUAAAUGGCCUUCAACUUCAUACCUAUAUAAUCAAAUCAGGUCUUCAACCAAUCCCACUUGUUUCUAAUUAUCUAAUUAACUUUUAUUCAAAGACCCAGUUGCCCAUUUUGUCAAUUCAAGUUUUUGAAGAAACCCCUCAAAAGUCAUCCACUACUUGGAGCUCUGUUAUCUCUUCUUUAGCUCAGAAUGAUCUUCCUUGUCUUGCCAUAGAGUACUUUCGUCGAAUGCUUCUACAUGAUAUAAGGCCUGAUGAUCAUAUUUUCCCCAGUGCUACUAAAGCUUGCGCCUUUUGGGGUAGGUGUGAUGUUGGGAAAUCAGUACAUGGUUUUGUGAUUAAAACUGGGUAUAAUUUCAAUGUGUUUGUUGGGAGUUCUACGGUUGACAUGUACGCAAAAUGUGGGGAAUUAAGUGAUGCGAGGAAAGUAUUUGAUGAAAUGCCUGAGAGAAAUGUGGUUUCUUGGAGUGGGAUGAUUUAUGGAUAUGCUCAAGUGGGUGAAGAUGAGGAGGCUCUAAGACUGUUUAAAGAAGCUUUAUUGGAGGACCUAGAUGUGAAUGAUUUUAUUUAUUCGAGUGUUAUUAGGGUAUGUGGUGAUUCGACUUUGCUUGAAUUAGGGAGGCAGAUACAAGGUUUGUGUUUGAAAACAAGUUACGAUUCCUCGAGUUUUGUGGGUAGUUCUUUGAUUUCUUUCUAUUCAAGGUGUGGUGUUGUUGAAGCAGCAUUUAAGGUUUUUGAUGAGGUGUCUAUUAAGAAUCUUGGUAUGUGGAAUGCUAUGUUGAUUGCUUGUGCUCAACAUGCACAUACAGAGAAAGUUUUUUAUUUGUUUGACAAGAUGAAAAAUGUUGGGAUGAAACCCAAUUUUAUUACCUUUUUAUGUCUGCUUUAUGCUUGCAGUCAUGCAGGGUUAAUUGAAAAAGGACAGCGUUAUUUUGAGCGUAUGAAGGAGUAUGGGAUCGAGCCAGGGGCUCAACAUUAUGCCACCUUGGUGGACCUGCUUGGCCGUGCGGGGAAAUUGCAAGAAGCACUUGCAAUUAUUAAGGGAAUGCCCAUAGAUCCAACAGAGUCUGUUUGGGGAGCUUUUCUGACAGGGUGCCGCCUUCAUGGAAACACUGAACUUGCAGCCUUUGCGGCUGAUAGAAUCUUUGAGUUGGGUCCUGUGAGCUCAGGUAUGAUUGUGCUGUUAGCCAAUGCUUAUGCAGCAGCUCAAAGAUAUGGCGAUGCAGCCAAAGCUAGAAAGAUGCUUAGGGACCGAGGUGUUAAAAAGGAGACAGGAUUGAGUUGGAUUGAGGAAGGUAAUAGAGUUCAUACAUUUGCUGCAGGUGAUAGGUCUCAUGAGAAAACCAAUGAGAUUUAUCAGAAAUUGGAGGAAUUGGAGGAGGAUAUGGAGAAAGCUGGUUACGUUGCAGACACGAGCUUUGUGCUGCGAGAGGUGGAUGGCGAGGAGAAAAGGCAGACAAUUAGGUAUCACAGUGAAAGGCUGGCCAUUGCAUUUGGGAUUAUUGCUGUCCCACCAGACAGGCCAAUUAGAGUUAUGAAGAAUUUGCGGAUAUGUGGCAAUUGCCAUACUGCAAUCAAAUUUAUGUCUCAGUGCUCUGGAAGAGUAAUAAUUGUAAGGGAUAAUAACCGGUUCCAUCGAUUUGAAGAUGGAAAAUGCUCAUGUGGCGAUUAUUGGUGACAGAAGUGUAAUAGUUUUAUUUAUCCUGAUGAUAUGGGAUCUUACCUGUUAGACCUUACCAAAUAGGUCUAGCAGCUGGCAGAAAGGGAAGUGCUUCGUGAGGACGGAUGUAUUUAUUCUCCUUUAUAAUGAAAAUUGAGGCUCUCCAUGAAUCUAAGCACUGAGCACACUGCCGAAUAAAGUAAAAGUUAUUAUGAUGCCU